AUGACUCCUGCCUACUGGGUCCGCCGAAUAGACAAAAUGUUCCUCCAGAUGAAAUCGUUUGCGAGAUUUACAGACCCUCCUGAAUUUUGGCACAGUGACUUGGAGUCGAACUCCUCUGGCCAACGCAUUGGUGCUGCGGUCGCGAAAGGCUUCGCAAGGUCCGGCUGCACCAGAAUCGCUAUUACGGACAUCAACCCCGACACCCUAAAGCAGACCAAAGAUGCCAUCAUGUCAAUCAAUUCAACGAUAAAAGUCUUGGACCAAGCGGGAGACAUAGCAGAUGAAAGCUUUGUAGACUCUUUUACCGAUGAGGUCACUUCGAAAUUCACGAGACUCGAUUACGCAAUAAACUGCGCCGGAGUUCUUGGAGGCAAGCCAGUAAAAGCAGUCGAGAUGACAAUGGACACAUUCGAUCGACUGAACAACAUUAACUACAGAGGGUCAUGGUUGAGCUCACGAGCUCAACUUCGAAACAUGCUGAAGCAAAAGCCGUUAUCGGAGCAGCCAUGGCAAAGAGGCGCAAUCGUCAACAUUGCGAGUCAACUAGGCAUUGUAGCAAGGCCAGGUGCAGCUGCAUAUUGCGCAUCCAAGUCUGCCAUUAUCAACAUGACACGUGCAAAUGCUAUCGACUACUCAGACAAUGGGAUCAGAGUGAAUUGCAUCUGCCCGGGUGUCAUUGAGACUCCCAUGACAACGACGUCUCCUGAGAUGGUUGAAGCACUAAAGCCAGCUAUCAACAUAGCCCCAAUGAAACGGAUGGGCACACCAGACGAGGUAGCGAACGCAGUGCUGUUCCUGUGCUCAACACAGGCAUCGUUCAUUCAAGGACAUGCACUAGUGGUAGACGGAGGUUAUACAAUCAAUUGAUCGGCGCUUCGAAUCGAAGUAUGAGUGUUACAUCAAUGUUGAAGAGAGGUUCACGAUCUCAGAAUUGCCAACUUCAGGAGAAUGGAUGGGUCUGUAUCG